ACUUUCAUCACAGUCAUGGUUGUUGACACACAUCAUCGUCCACAACAUAUUUCAGAGCUAUUCCCGUGCAAAAUCUACUUAUUAGAUACCUGAUAGUCAUAAAGUGAACUAAUAAGAGUUCCAAGGAGCCUCUCAGGUGAAUCAGUGAUUAACCAUCUGUGAACAAUAUCAUUAAAUAUUAAUUUUACUUGAUAUAAAAGUGUAAUUAGGGUGCAUAACUUGUCUUAUAAGUUACCACAGUGUUUAUCAAAUGAGACCAUUCACAGUGAAUUUUCACAGAAAAUCCCUCAAAUAUGGUUGUGGAUUCAAGUGUAGUUGCUAUCGAAGUACUUGGUGGACAGAUUCAACCAUCAACCAAGAAAAACACUUCAGAAAAUGUUGUGGAAGUAGCUGACUUUGAGGAGGCAAUAUCUGCCACAGGCUACGGUCGUUUUAAUAUUUUCAUCCUCUUAAUUGCCCUCUUCUGCUGUUGCGCCAGCAUCAAUGAAACCACCACAAUAGCCUACAUUUUACCAAGUGCACAGUGUGAUUUGGAUCUAUCACUUCAAGACAAAGGCAUGCUCAAUGCCAUUACCUACAUGGGAAUGAUAACUUCAGCCUUUUUAUGGGGCUACUUAGCGGACACUUUAGGACGUCGUAAGAUUCUAGGAUAUGGCUACUUACUGACGGGAGUGUUCGAAAUGGCUUGCGGAUUUACGCAGGUGUUUUGGUUACUCCUCAUCUUCAAAUACAUUUCAGGAUUUAUUGCCUGUGGACCCUUUGCCGUACUCAUGAGCUAUGUAUCCGAACUUCAUGGGAUGAAGCAUCGUGCAAGAACCAUGUUAACUGUUGGGACAUUUUUCUCAGUUGGCAACAUAAUCUUGCCUGCCAUUGGCUGGGCUAUCUUACCAAGAUCCUGGACAGUGACUUUCAUCGUAAAAUCUUUUGAACUACAUUCAUGGCACAUCUUCUUGCUAAUUUGCGCAAUACCAAGCCUUUUUGGGGGUAUGCUGGUGUUUAUACUUUUGCCAGAAAGUCCCAAAUUUCUCAUGUCUCGCGGCAGGAAUGAAGAGGCGUUGGAAAUUUUUCAGAGAAUAUUCCAACAAAAUACAGGAAAGGAUGUUCAGGAAUAUCCGAUUAAGGCACUCGUUGACGAGCUACGACAAACUGGAGAAAACUCAUCUCAGAAAACUCUACCAAAUGGCGCCAUGAGUGUCCCCAAAUCCCAAGGAUUUAAUGCUCUGAAGGAUGGUUUGUCUCAAAUUGCACCAAUGCUCAAGCGACCACAUUUGGAGAACUGUUGUCUAGUGUUCACUAUCCAAUUUGGCGUUCUCCUGAGCAAUAAUACAUUGCGCCUGUGGCUUCCGGAGAUAUUUCACAUGAUAACCGAAUACAGCAGUUCAGCAAAUAAUUUAUCAACAAAUCAUACAGCUAGUUUAUGUGAAAUAAUUGACGCUUCACGUAACAUAAAAAGCCUCAAUUCAACCCAAUUGCCCGUUGAACCUGUGGAAUGCAAUUCGAUACCUAGUGGAAGUGUAUACUUCAAUGCACUGAUUGUGGGCAUUGUGAGUUUAAUUGGAUACUUCAUCGCGGGUUCGAUUGUUAACAAAAUUGGGAAUCGCAAUUUGAUGAUUGUCGGACUCGUAAUUUCUGGCCUCGCAGCUACUUCCAUCUACUUUGGUAAAAAUAUGGGGAGUGUUGUUGCAGCCUCCAGCUUUUGUGUAGCUUUAGGAAGUAUCUGCAGCACUGCAAUGUUGAGUCUCAUUGCAAAUCUUUUUCCUACAUCUCUUAGGACAAUGACUAUUUCCCUAACACUGAUGUUUGGUCGAAUUGGAGCAAUGAUCGGAAAUCUCGUUUUCCCAUAUUUACUAUCACUCGGCUGCCUUCCACCAUUUCUCACAAUUGGAGCUCUUUUUGCUGCUGGCGGUUUAGGCGGUCUCUUGCUGCCACGAAACAGUAAAGUUCCUCUUCAGUAGCAUACACAUCAUAAAGGAAGAGAUAAAAAAUGUCAGUGAUAAAAUUAACUUAAUUUAAUUACACAAAGCUUUUAAAUUAAAUAUAAAAAAUAAAAGACUUACUGUGAAAGAUAAUACUAAAUAAUAAAGAGAUUGUUCGGCCAAAUAAA